AUGAGGUGUUGCAGAACCUGUUUAGGUGAAGGAAAAGAAAUGAAACAUAUUCAUACCAUAAUUUAUAUUGCUGGAAACGACGUUCGUCUUUCUGAUAUUUUAUUAAAUUUUUAUAAUUAUAAGGUUGAAAAAAUGUUGCCUGAAUAUAUUUGUAUUAAUUGUGUAUACCAACUAACUAUCACAUAUUCGUUUAAAAUAUUAAUUGAAUCGAGUACCAAAAAGUUGAUGGAAAAAAUGACUUACAUGGAGUCAGAGAGUGAUAAUAAUGACGAUUAUUUCGCACCAGAUGAAAAGGAAUUUAGUGAACAAGACAUAAAACCAAAAAUUAAAAUGAAUAAUUUAGAAAUUGAAACAUCGGUUGACCUUUUUUGUGUUGAAUGCAAAGCAAUGUUCAGUUCUUCUAAGUCACUAUAUGAACAUUGUAUGAAAACACAUCCUAUCAAAAACACGGUUGGUAGAGCUUGUGAGUAUUGCUGUGAAAAAUUUGAAGACUUUCGAUCAUUGAUCAUGCAUAGAAAGCUCCAUUUGCGACCUUUCAUCUGUGAAAAUUGUUGGGUGGGGUUCUACCGACAAGAUGACAUAAUUGGUCAUCACUGUCAGCCUAGUCCCCAUAAGUCUAAAGAUAACACAGACAAAAAGCUUUUACGACAGUGUGAUCAGUGUGGAAAGUCAUAUCCUCCUGGCUACAUAAGAAUACAUAUGUUAACUCAUGGUAGUAAUAGAGCAUACAGUUGUAAAUAUUGUCCCAAAAAAUUCAAAGUACCAGGUAGUCUCAAUUCUCAUAUACUAUGGAAUCAUAAAAGAACAAGAAAUCAUAGAUGUGAAGUGUGCAAUGCUACUUUUAUAACAUCUAGUUCUAGAAGUUCACAUAUAAGGAAAAAUCACUUGAAAGAAACGAAAUACUCUUGUGAAACUUGUGGAAAGCGUUUCUUCUCUAAGUCAGAACUGCAGAGACAUUCCCUGACUCACACUGGAGUUAAGAACUUCCACUGCCAUUUGUGUGAUAAGUCCUAUCAAACUCGCUACGGACUAAAUGUUCAUUUGAAAUCUCAUCCACAGCCUGUAUUAUUGAGUCUCUAA